AGAGCUAACGUCAAAACUUGUAAAAGGGCUUGUGAUUCCGACAUUUUCCCUAACAUUAACUGUUUGCUGCGAAUUGCUUGUGCUAUGCCAAUCACUUCAGCCGACAACGAGCGAGCAAACAGUACUUUGAAGCUUGUCAAAGGAUAUUUACGCACCACCAUGACAACGGAAGGACUGUCGGGCUUGGCUCUGAUGAACAUUCACUACGAAAAGCCCGUUGACUACGAUGCUGUGGUUCAGCUUUUUGCGGAAAGAUACCCCCGAAGAAUGCUUGUUGUUGAUUCCGUCUUUGACGAAACACAAAAUUGA